GACGGUGACUCCGUUCUCCCCAGCUACCUUAUUCAAACAAAAGAAGCGCAUGCAGCAACAAAAUUGUAGAUACAGUCAAAGGUUGCCAAUGCGUUUCCUGAGUGAUGGCAGUGGCACAAUAAAGACGCGAAGGAUAUAGCACCAGGUUGAUGGAGAACAAUGGCACGAAUUUCGUUGGACUGUCAAAACUCUUUACCAGGGAUCCCCCUCAGUGUGCUGUCAGUGCCUAUGGAAAAUAAAUACAAAUGUCAGCUGUGUCUCCAGGUCCUGAGGAAGCCUGUCCAGGCUCAGUGUGGUCACCGCUUCUGUGUACACUGCUUCAAGCAGCUCACCAGUUCUGGGCCAAAGCCGUGUGAAGCCUGUCGCCAAGAAGAGAUGUAUGAGGAACCUAUGUCCAUUCUGAAUAGUAGUGAAGUAUUUCCAGACAAUGCUGCAGGUCGAGAGAUAGCAAGUCUGCCUGCCAGGUGUUUGAACGAGGGCUGUGACUGGACAGGGUCGAUAAAAGAAUAUGAGGCUAAGCAUGAGGGUCGUUGUGAAUUCGAGCGAGUACAGUGUGAGGCCUGCCAAACGUUUAUCCUUUGUUCGGAGAAGGACAGACAUAAUGAGAGAGAAUGUGAAGCAAGAACACUCAACUGCAAAUACUGCAAAAUGACCUUCAACUUUAAAGACAUCAAGGCCCACGAUGAGAUCUGUUUGAAGUUUCCCUUACAAUGCAAGGACUGCGGAAAGAAAAAGAUCCCAAGAGAAAAGUUCAAUGACCACAGCAGGUCCUGCGCAAAGUCAAAGAGUGCCUGUCCCUUCAGUGAAGUGGGCUGUAAAUCUGUGAUAGAAAACGGGAAGCUCAGCGACCAUGAGCACAGCAGCACCAUGGAGCACUUGCGUCUGCUGCUGCCCAUGGUGCUGUCCGUGGGCCGGGCGCGGUCUGACAGUUCUGGUCCCGGGGAGUGGCAGGAGGACUCUGGUCUGGGCCUGUACAGGGCUCCUGAGGAGGGAGGCAACAUAGGCACUGGAGCUGCAGCCUCUGCGCAGUCCGUGGACUUGGAGAAAAAAAUAAGUGCAUUAGAAAGCAUCGUGUGUGUCCUGAACCGAGAGGUGGAGCGCAGCUCGGUUACGUUGGAGGCUUUCUCACGUCAGCAUCGUUUAGACCAGGAAAAAAUUGAAAACCUCUCCAAUAAAGUGUGUCAGCUCGAGCGGACAGUCACGAUGAAAGACUUGCAGCUGUCUGAAACCGAACACAUGGUGCGAGAACUCCAAUUCUGCACCUAUGAUGGGAUAUUUGUCUGGAAAAUCCCUGACUUCUCACGCCAUAGACAAGAUGCUGUGAUUGGACGUUCACCUGCAAUGUUCUCUCCAGCGUUUUACUCCAGCAAAUACGGAUACAAAAUGUGUCUGAGGCUAUAUUUGAAUGGUGACGGGACGGGGAGAGGGACACACCUUUCGCUGUUCUUUGUCGUCAUGAGGGGCAAGUACGAUGCGCUGCUCAAAUGGCCUUUCAGUCAGAAGGUGACUCUAAUGCUCUUGGAUCAGAACAACAGAGAGCACAUUAUUGAUGCUUUCCGCCCCGAUGUCACCUCCACCUCCUUUCAGCAGCCAACCAGUGAAAUGAACAUCGCCAGUGGCUGCCCGCUCUUCUGUCCACUGGCUAAGCUGGCUGGCAAGAGCCCGUAUCUGAGAAACGAUACGAUUUUCAUCAAAGCUAUUGUAGACCUCACAGGCUUAUAGGGUGUGGACUGUGGAAGUUAAAGCACCAAAAUAUCUGUAAAAGAAAACAUCAAUAAUAUCAUUAAUAUAAUAUUAUAAAAUAUUUAUAUAAUAAUAACAAUAAUAAGAAUGAUAAUGACAACAAGAAUAAUAAUAAUAAUAAUAAUAAUAAUAAUAAUAAUGAAAAUAAGUAUGAUAUGUAAUAUCUACUCUAUACUAAGAAUAUCAUGUCACAAUUAUUGUGGUGGAUCUAUAAUGGUUAUGGGCAACCACCUCUAGGUUUCCAACGGUUGGUACUUAGAAAUAGAAAAUUUAGCCAUUUCUUUUACUUUACAUAUACUAAAAUAUAAAGUGCUGUUGAGCUUAAUAUCUUCAAUUAUCUGUCAUCCUAAAGAGGCACUCUUUGCAUUCGUUGCUAUAAUUAACUCUUAAAAUAUUUUUAUACCUAUUUAUCUGAGCAGAUAAAGAACACAGUUUAACGCCUUAUAGUGACUAGAAAUCUCAAAUAACUCAUAUUCUCUCUAUAGUCCCUUUUAUUAUAAUCAUUAUACAUUAUUUACAUUUAUAGUUUCCCUUUUACUAAUAAUACUUUGGUGUAUUUUGAUACUUGUUUUAAAAUACUUCUAUCAGAAUCAUCCAAAAUUUCCUUUCAGCAUUUAUUAUGGGUGAUAUACACAAUUAAAAGUUAACCAAAAAUCUAAUUGUUGAAUGUAUUAAGUUGUGAUUAGUGGUGUUUGGCUUUAUACAUAAAACUGUAAGUGUUUUAAUGUCCUAUGUUGCUGUACUUGGGUGCCUGAAAUUUACUGUAAUUAUUUACUAUGUUUGCUCCUCCUAGUUACAACAUUAAAAUGUUUUGACAU